AUGCAAAAUUACUCUAAUAUUUCUGAUAAUUUAUCUUUCGCUUUAAAUGUUGAUGACAAUUUUAAGGGGUCUAAUAAGUUUAUAGCUUAUGAUAUUCUUUUAUUUUUAUUGAUUUAUUCAUUAUUAAUACCUCUGAUUAUUCUAUGUUGGGUUCUAAUUCUUAGAUUUUUGCGCAAUAGAGGUUUGAUUACUUCAACUCAAGAAAAUGCUAUUGCUAGCAAUAUUAAAGAUAUUCCUCUAGUAGGUCUGCCAAGAUCAAUUACUCAUUAUAAUUUACCCAUUGGAUCUGAAUGCCCUGUGAAUUAA